AUGCUCCGAGGUCGCCACGCUGUUACCGCUCUGCGGGCUACUGCCCAGCCUGCAGCAUCACGAUCUUUCAUUUCUUCUUCAGCUGUAGCAGCCGUAUCCCCACCCAGGAAACCUGUUUCUGGGACGAGGAGACAUACCACUGCUACUUCCAAUGCUUCCCGUGCCCGCCCAACUCCCAGCCCUUCUUUCAAUAUCGAGUCGAAAGACAGGAGCCAUGUUCAACCUCUCGUUAACCCUCGUCCGACGGAGAUGGACGAGUCCUUUAUUGGGAAGACCGGCGGAGAAAUCUUCCACGAGAUGAUGUUGAGGCACGGAGUGAAGCAUAUUUUUGGAUACCCCGGAGGCGCUAUUCUACCAGUUUUUGAUGCCAUUUACAACUCAAAACACUUCGAUUUCAUUCUCCCGAAACAUGAGCAGGGUGCCGGUCACAUGGCUGAGGGUUACGCAAGGGCGAGUGGAAAGCCUGGUGUUGUCCUCGUCACCUCUGGUCCCGGAGCGACCAACGUCAUCACUCCCAUGCAAGACGCCUACUCGGACGGUACUCCCAUGGUCGUUUUCUGCGGCCAGGUCGUCACCACCGCCAUCGGCAGCGACGCCUUCCAAGAAGCUGACGUUGUCGGUAUCUCUCGCGCCUGCACGAAGUGGAACGUAAUGGUCAAGUCCGUUGCCGAGCUGCCCCGUCGAAUCAACGAAGCUUUCGAGAUUGCCACCUCCGGCCGCCCCGGCCCCGUCCUCGUCGAUUUGCCCAAGGACGUUACCGCUGGUAUCCUCAGGAAGGCUAUCCCCACCGACGUUGUCAUCCCCUCCUUGAGCGCCGCGUCCAAGGCCGCCCUCGAGCUUAGCCGCCAGCAGCUUCGCUCCUCCAUCCAGCGAGUCGCCGAACUCGUCAACAAGGCGAAGCGACCUGUUAUCUAUGCCGGACAGGGCGUAAUCCUUUCCGAGGGAGGUCCUGAGAUUCUGAAGGAACUUGCGGAUAAGGCGUCUCUCCCCGUGACCACCACUCUUCACGGCUUGGGUGCCUUUGAUGAGCUCGACGAGAAGUCCCUUCACAUGCUUGGUAUGCAUGGUGCUGCCUACGCCAACAUGGCCGUGCAGGAAGCCGAUCUCAUCAUUGCUCUCGGUGCCCGUUUCGACGACCGCGUUACUCUGAACGUCUCCAAGUUCGCUCCCGGUGCCAAGGCGGCUGCGGCCGAGGGCCGUGGUGGAAUCGUCCACUUCGAAAUUAUGCCCAAGAACAUCAACAAGGUCGUGCAAGCCACCGAAGCCGUCGAGGGUGACGUUGCCACCAACCUCCGCCAGCUCCUCCCUCUCGUAAACCCCAAGACUAAGGAGGACCGCAAGGAAUGGUUCGACAAGAUCAACGCCUGGAAAAAGAAGUGGCCCUUGUCGGAUUAUGAACGUGCAGAGCGUGCCGGUCUCAUCAAGCCCCAAACCCUCAUCGAGGAACUCAGCAACCUCACCGCCGACAGGAAAGACACCACCUUCAUCUCCACUGGUGUCGGCCAACAUCAGAUGUGGACAGCCCAGCACUUCCGAUGGAGGUAUCCUAGGACUAUGAUCACCUCUGGUGGUCUCGGAACCAUGGGUUACGGUCUGCCUGCUGCCAUUGGUGCCAAGGUAGCGAGGCCCGAUGAUCUAGUCAUCGACAUUGACGGUGAUGCCUCUUUCAACAUGACUCUGACUGAGCUGUCGACUGCCGCUCAGUUCAAUAUUGGCGUCAAGGUUAUCGUUCUGAACAACGAGGAGCAGGGCAUGGUGACGCAAUGGCAGAAUCUCUUCUACGAGGAUCGGUACGCGCACACCCACCAGAAGAACCCCGACUUCAUGAAGCUUGCGGACGCCAUGGGUGUUCAGCACAGGUGUGUUUCGAAGCCCGACGACGUUGUUGAUGCCCUCAAGUGGCUCAUCAACACCGAUGGCCCCGCCCUUUUGGAGGUGAUUACGGAUAAGAAGGUCCCUGUCUUGCCCAUGGUGCCGGCUGGCAAGGGUCUUCACGAGUUCCUUACGUGGGAUAGUGAGAAGGACAAGGCGCGACGCGAGCUGAUGAGGCAACGAACCUGUGGUCUUCACGGAUAA